GUUCCCGGGUGUGUGCGCGCGUGUGCGUGUGUGUCUGUCUGUCUGUCUGUGUCUGUCCCGUGUCUCGCGGCUCUGGGGAGGGGGGUCCGCGCGUGAGGCGCCAGCGCCGUCACCUGUCACCACCCCCUUUGCGCCCCACCGAGUCCCCCUGUGUGGAGGCGACCGAGGCCCGGCUGGCCGCCCGCCGGGCGAGGCGAGAUGCUGCCGCUGUCCGUCAAGGAUGAUGAGUACAAGCCGCCCAAGUUCAAUCUGUUCGGCAAGAUCUCGGGCUGGUUUAGGUCCAUCCUGUCGGACAAGACGUCCCGGAAUCUCUUCUUCUUCCUGUGUCUGAACCUGUCUUUCGCUUUUGUGGAACUCCUCUACGGCAUCUGGAGCAACUGCCUUGGCUUGAUCUCCGACUCGUUCCACAUGUUUUUUGACAGCACUGCCAUUUUGGCAGGAUUGGCAGCUUCUGUCAUUUCAAAAUGGAGAGACAAUGAUGCCUUCUCUUAUGGGUACGUGAGGGCGGAAGUCCUGGCUGGCUUUGUCAAUGGCCUGUUUUUGAUCUUCACGGCUUUCUUCAUUUUCUCGGAGGGAGUUGAGAGAGCACUGGCCCCUCCGGACGUGCACCACGAGAGGCUGCUGCUCGUUUCCGUGCUCGGGUUUGUGGUAAACCUCGUAGGAAUAUUUGUGUUCAAGCACGGAGGUCACGGACACUCUCAUGGCUCUGGCCACGGACACAGUCACUCCCUCUUCAACGGCACUCUGGACCAGGCGCAUGGCCACGUCGACCAUUGCCACAGCCACGAAGGGAGACACGGUGCCGGUGCCAUGCACAGCCACGACCAUGCCCAUGGGCACGGACACCUCCACGCUCACGAUGGUCCCUCCUUAAAAGAAACAGCAGGACCCAGCAGACAGAUUUUACAAGGUGUGUUUUUACAUAUCCUCGCUGAUACGCUGGGAAGUAUUGGUGUCAUCGCCUCUGCCAUCCUGAUGCAGAACUUUGGGUGGAUGAUAGCAGACCCGAUCUGCUCGAUCCUCAUCGCCAUGCUCAUCGUGCUCAGUGUCAUUCCUCUUUUAAGAGAGUCUGUUGGCAUAUUAAUGCAGAGGACGCCGCCCCCGCUGGAGAAGGCUCUGCCCCAGUGCUACCACAGAGUGCAGCAGCUGCGGGGCGUGUACAGCCUGCAGGAGCAGCACUUCUGGACCUUAUGCUCCGACGUGUACGUGGGGACCUUGAAAGUGCUCGUAGCACCUGACGCUGAUACCAGGUGGAUCUUAAGCCAAACGCACAAUAUUUUCACUCAGGCUGGAGUGAGACAACUUUAUGUACAGAUUGACUCUGCGGCAAUGUAGUGAAUGAACAGAAAUGAAUUGUUUUGGACCAAAUGUUUCCAGUACUGUACAAUCCAAAGCAUUGUACCCAGCUCUCCGGGAGAGAAGUUGCCACUACACCCACGCGGGCGAAGGCGAGCUGGCACAGGCUGCGGGCUUGGCCCCCCGGCUGAGGGACCACAGCUGAGAGGACCUCGCCUGGACCACUGUCUUUCUGUGUGCUCCUCCUUUCAAGCCAUUCUGAUUGCUAAGGUUUCUGGUUUGUUCUAGGGUGUUGGGUUGCCUCCCCCCCCCAUGGAGAUUCUGCUGACCACCCUCAUCCCAUCCCAUUUGUUUUACCCAACCAGUGAGAAAUUCAGACUGGGGCUUCCAGUCCCCUGGAGUGUCUUCAUUGAAGUUCCUGGAGACUACAGCUUUCAUUCUUACAAAACCAGUGUUGUUAAAAAAACAAAUAGGAAUCUGUUUUCUAUGUAAUGUCACAGUUGUUGACGUUCUUCAAUAUAAUCAUAUGUUUGUAUAAUUGUUUGUACCUUGCAAACUUAUGAACCAAACCAUAUUGGCUUUUCAAAGUGCCUUUGUAUCAGAAAAUGUGUUUGCCAGCAUAGAAAUGUACCAUCAAAGGUCAUGUGUUUUUUUUUUAAUGGUAUUCUGUAAUUUGUACAAAAUAAGAAUUACUAGUAAAGUAUACAGAUGGUCUUUUUGUGUACUUCCAGCACAGACUGAAAUGUAUACAAUUUCUUAAUGGUUUAUCUCAUCAAAAAAGAGCAUUAUUUUGCUUUUUUAAAACAAACUCAGUAAUCACAUUAAGUUACUUUUGGACUGUAUUUUCAAAACUGUAAACAUUAACACCUUUAUCAGACAAAAAUAUUUUGGCCCAAAACAUCUGCAUUUACACAUUCUGAUAAAAGCUCAGUGCCUGUCUAUGAUCACAUUUCCAGUAGCUCCCUCUCAUUGCCAUUUGCAGAGGUUUUCAUGACAGGAAAAGGCAGUGUACCCCAAUGACAAGUGCCGUGACAGUGUUCUCCGUGUAGACGAAGGACGCGUGGAUGUGACCGUGUCAUCUGCGCCUUCCUCCUUUCCUCAAACGCCAGGUGUUUUCCUGCCUCAGCUCUGCACAGACACAGUUGCCUUCAGGAAUCCUGCAACAGCCUUUAAAUGAAAUUGAACGACUAAAGGUACAGAACAGAUGUGGUGAGACAGAACUCCAGCACGUGUGUCUGAGAAAUCGUUGUUUCUCUGGGUUUUCAUGUAUUUGAAAACCACGACUGCAGUUUGAGACGGCAGGUGCUCGGGUGCUCAAGUGGUGGCGUUUUACGAAGAAGCAUUGGCUUAGAUAAGCGCGUUCCCAUUGUAUUUCAUUUCCUCACAUUUUCCUGUUAACUUAUAAAGUUGAUAUCGUUGGUGGGAAAAGAAAAGGCUUGCACGGUGAAACUGCUCACAGAGUAGACCAAUAACAAACACGUUUUCAGAAAGAUGUUGGAAGUUCCUGCUGAUCUUGCCCUGGUUAGACUGCCAUUUACACUACUUCUGAGCCUCAGCCUAGGAACUGUUCUGUUAGGAAAACUCCGUCGCUUUCUAAACUGCUGUCGGUUGCUACGGACUAACUGUCCAUGAUCGUCUUCUUGUGGAUAAGAUUGUACUUUCCAAACAUGUUGUGUCCCUUUCGGCCUGACAAUUCUGAAGCUAAGAAUUCCUACAAGUAGAUGGUGUUUAAUUGAAACAA